AUGGCGGGUUUCCCAGCUGAGAGGCAGGAAGAUCAGGCGUUGGCGAUGAAGGAGUCAUGGGAAGUGGUGGCAAAAGACAUCCCUCGCUACAGCUUUCUCUUCUUCACCACGGUUCUGGAGAUAGCGCCAGCGGCUAAGCAGAUGUUUCCGUUCCUGAGAGAUUCUGAGGUGACCCCGCAAAACAAUCCCAAGCUCAAAGCCCAUGCCGUCAAGGUCUUCAAGAUGACGUGCGAGUCGGCGGUUCGAGUAUGGGAGAAGGGAGAAGUGGUAGUGAAGGACAUGACCCUCAAAUAUUUGGGCUCUCUCCACCGAAAGAAUGGAGUUACUGACCCUCACUUCCAGGUAUUGAGAGAAGCCCUGUUGAGAACAUUGAAAGAGGCCAUAGGAGAUGAGAAAUGGAGCCAGGAGCUGGAGGCUGCAUGGGGUGAAGCCUAUGAUCAGUUGGCUGCUGCCAUUCGAGUUGAGAUGAAGUAA